CUCUAACCUUCACUCUCAAAAGAGCAGACUGUACAGACCGUGCAAAUAAAGUUGAUGAAACAAGUGGUGAUGGGACAGAUAAACUAACCAAACUUGACAAGAAAACGAAUCCCCCCCAAUAAGGAACAGAUUCCUCUGGAACAGUGACAUUAUUUCAGACUUGAAGCGGAUUGUAAAAACUGAAAACAGUGUGAACCCAAAGUCAAGGUUCAAGAUCUCCCCAAAACAGGAUUUUACUUUUGCGUGGAGCUUGACUUGAGUUUCAGAGUGUCUUUUGUCCUCCUCUUGAGCCUAGAGCCGAGGGGGGAGGCAAAGCCGUGGCGUCUGCGGGAAUGAAGUACAGCUACCAGUACCCGGUGUCACAGUACACACGCUCCAGCACACACUACACCUCCACUCAUUACACACCGUCACACUACUCCAGCAGCUCGUACUCGCCCGGAUACUACAGUUCCACAAAGUACAGCCCGACUACACUCCACACGCCAUCAUACCACACUCCACCGGCUUACACACCUGCCUACAAGCCCACCUCCACUUACACCCCCAUCUAUAGCAAGGCGUCCCAGCUGUGCAGCUCAGCCCGGACAAGCGUACAGCUUACUCCUACUGUAGCCCUCAAACCCGCCCGGGCUGUGCGUUUCACGAACGAUGUCGUAUUCCAGGAUUUGGUCCGGCACAGCGAGCUGGAACAGAUUGGUCGGUUUAUGAGGGCGAGGAAAGUGCGUCUGGACACCAUCUUCCAUUCUGGAAUGGCAGCACUCCAUGAAGCCGUGCUUUCAGGAAACCUGGAGUGUGUGAAGCUCCUGAUAAAGUACGGAGCUGACGUUCACCAGAGGGACGAGAACGGCUGGACGCCACUGCAUAUGGCGUGCAGCGACGGUUAUCCUGAGAUUGCACGGUACCUUCUCUCUCUGGGUGCCAGUGUGGAGGCCGAGAAUGAAAAUGGGGAGAAACCAGCAGACCUCAUCGACGCAGACUGCAAAGAACUGCUCAAGCUCUUCGAGACAGGCUGUGUUUGAGUGCUGACCCACGGAAGAACUUGAAAAAAAAAAAGCUAGCUUUCAAAAAACAUUCAGAUCACUCUCCUGAGCUUCGCAUUUUGUGUGGUUCUCCUGAAUAUUCUUUAUAUCUUUUUUUUUGGGCUUUUAGCUAGACACAACAUUAUUAUACAGUACAGAGGGACACCAAACCCUGCAUAUCUGUUUGCUUUUGAAGUCAUUUAAGUAUUUCUGAGUGAAACACAGUAUUGAACGAGGAAAAAUGAAAGGUGGGACUUUUAUCCAUUGGGAAUAGAUUGGAUUAUGAAAAGUGGGUGUAUAUACCGCAAUGCAGUCAGAUGUUUUGAGGGAAGGUUUUCUAAUGUCAGAAAAAAAAGAAAAGUUGUUUCAGAGGGGGAGCAAGUUAUUAAACUUUGAUAAAAAA